UUGGAUUGCAAACAUGUGGACGCUCCUAUAGAUCCAAAUACUAAGCUCAUUCCAUCGUGGGGGAGCCUCUAAAAGAUCCUAGCAGAUAUCAGAGACUUGUUGGCAAACUCAACUGCCUUACGAUCACACGACGAGACAUCUCAUUUGCUGCUAGUGUAGUUAGCCAAUUUCUGCAAUCACCUUGUGAUAGUCAUUGGAAUGCAGUAUAUAGCUCUCCAUGACAAGGUUUAUUGUAUGAAGACAAGGGACACACCGACAUUGUUGGGUAUUCUGAUGCAGAUUGCAGAUUGGGCUGAAUCUCCUUUUGAUAGGCAGUCCAUUUCAGGUUAUUGUGUUCUAAUGGGAGGUAAUCUAAUAUCUUGGAAAAGUAAAAAGCAAGAUGUUGUGGCUAGAUCAAGUGCAAAGGCGGAGUAUCGAGCUAUGGCAUUGGCUAUGUGUGAGCUUAUAUGGUUGAGACAACUUCUCCAAGAAUUGAAGAUGGGAGGAGUUGAACCGAUGAAAUUGAUUUGUGAUAACCAAACUGCACUACACAUUGCUUCUAAUGUCGUAUUUCAUGAAAGAGCGAAGCACAUUUAGAUAGAUUGUCACUUCAUUCGAGAGAAGAUUGUGUUGGGAUGUUUUGUCACCUUGAAAGAUCAAUUGGUGGAUGUUUUCGCAAAAUCACUUCGAAGAUCUGAGUGACUAUAUUUGUGGCAAGCUAGGAGCAUAUGACGUAUACGCUCGAGAGUGUGAGGGGGAGUGAUAAAUAUGAUAUCAUUACUAGAUAAUUUAGAUAUGAGAAUAUCUCUAUAUUUAAAUAGUGUAGAUGUGGGAAUAUCCUCAAAUCCCCACAAUUAGGCACUUAGAAUAUUGUGUAAUAUUCUUGUUAGUUUCCUUCCUUACAUUCUCUGUAACACUAUUUAAUCCCACUAGCUUGAGGGAAUAAUCAAGAAACAAAUUCUCAAAUUCUCCUCUUCUCCCUCUAAUUUUUCAGGUUAAAUGACCAAUUAACCCUUCAUUAAAAUAAUUGGGUUAUUACUAUAUCACAAUUAGUUGCUCUUUGAUACCCUGUGGAGUUGUUGCUAUUCAGAUGAAAAUCUUGUCAAUUUGGCUUUGUUGUUUCUGUUUUCAACCUCCCAAACACAGCUUUUUGUCCAACUAGUUGAAAAAGUCGAUCUGCCUGUUGGGUGGUUUACCGUUCCAGGGGACCCAAAAAUGUUUGUCCAGAUACUUCAGUCACAGGUUCUGGAUGUUAUUGCAGACUCGGUGACUUUUCUGUCAAAUGGUGGCCAACUCGAUUUACCUGAUAUGGUGAAGAAGCACUCUACUCAUUUCCUGAGUUACGUCGUGGUGAUAUCCGAGUUUGAAAUUGCAGAGUCCACCAUGAUGAUAUCAAAUUCAUUAUCUCAAAUUUGUUGCAGAAGCUAAUACUAUCUGUACCAGUAGGCAGACUCAAGUUUUAGUUGCAGUGAAUAGAGUCGUCCACGAAGUUAAUUUUCAAGAGGAGGCAGCCAAGGUGUUAUUUGUGAUAGCAGGGCUUCGGUCUUAUAGAACUAUUUUAGUAUUGAUCCAUUGAUUAGAACUAGAAGGCGUGGAAGGGGGGGCGCAUUAAUGGUUUGUAGUAAGAUGUUUGCAACAACUCGCAGAUAAUCCAGAAAGUGCAGAGUCCAUUUCAGCUCAUGAUGGACUUCUUGUUGACCUGCUGACCAUAUGUAUAGAUAGAGGUUGCAUGGUGAAUUGGUUGGUUUGGCUUACAGAUCAUUGAGACAUCACAUUCAGAGGUUUAUGAUUGAGGAAGGAGUAUUUUCAGUAUUUAUCAAGUUUGCAAGGUGAAGGGGAGCCUUGGAGUAACUGGUAAAGUUGCUGCCAUGUGACCAGGAGGUCAUGGGUUCAAGCCUUGGAAACAGAUCCAACCUCUGACGAUACACCCUUGUGGUGGGGCCCUUCCCCGGACACCGUGCAUACCGGUAGCUUUAGUGCACCGGGCUGCCCUUUUUUUUUUUAAUCAAGUUUGCGAGGACUAAAGAUGGAGUUGUUAAGUGCCAUUGCUUUCUUACAAAAUUUGGCUUAUGGAUUUGAAUCCGAAGUCUUUGAUUAUCAAAGUCAUGUAGCCCUGUUGAAAGUUGGAUGGCUGAUAGAUGCAUAUCAUGUUGAAGCAGUUGACAUAUUCAUCUAUGAUAUCAAUAUCGCUUAACUCACCUUGGGGACUCUUUUUGAGGACAGAGAUAAUCAAUGACCGUAAGGUUGGGGGAAAAUGUUAUGGCUUUGUCACUUUCACGAAUCCUCGAUCAGCCAUGCAUGCCAUCACUGAAAUGGAUGGGAGGACUGUUGAUGGGCGAGUUGUAAAAGUAAAUGAAGUGACUACAAGAGGUGGCAGAUCAGGUUUUGGCCGAGAAAGCAUUCGGCAUUCUGAGAGAGGGGUGAAAGGUGGUGAAAGGGGUCAUUGGGAAAGAGGCUAUGACCGUGAUGAGAACAAACAUGUGGAUGGACAUAGAGAUCGUUCUCAAGAUCGUGAUCACAAAAGGGAAAGAGGAUAUGAUCGACCUCAUGAUCAUGGUCAAUCACAAGAUUAUCAAGUUAAUAGAUUUAGGGUUGCGAAAAAUGAAAGAAGUUUGGAGGAUGUUGAGCAGGAUGAUGAAAGAAUUCGAGAAAGUAGCGGGGAAAGAGAGAGGGACCAGCCUAUAAAGAUGCAGAAAACUAGCAGUAAUCAUGAAAGAAGAGAUAAAGAGAGGUCUUAUUUAGAUGACCAUGUUAGCAGAGAAUUGUCAGCUGGGUCAAGUGAGGAUGAUCAACCCCUGGUGGAAAGGCAAGUAGAAAUUUCAAGUCGGAAACUUGAAAAACUUAAGAAAGAGGUGUCGUUGAUAGAAGAAUUGGUCAACGAGAAGCAAAAUCUGGUAUCUAAGUUACAUGAAAGAUCCAAGAAAUUGGAGGAUUCGUUGACAGCUGCAAAAAAUCUUACCACAUCGAGACAAAAUCAACUAUCUAAGUUGUAUAAACAUUAUGCUGAAGUAGGAGAGUGUGGUGAAAGGCUUAAAAUCUCAGAACAGGAACUCCAGGCUCUGGUUGACUCAACGAUGAUGGAAGUAGAAAUUGGUUGAUAUCUUUGUAUGAGAUAUGAGCCCUGACAAGUGACAAGUAUCAAGCGUGCCAAUUAAACUGGGUUUAGUGGUUUAUUUGCACUUCAUAUAAGUUUGUAUGUUAGCUCAUGUACGCAGUCCUCUUUCUAGCCGUUAAUGCAUGCUUUGUGUAGAUACAUGUCUAUUGACAGUACUGACUUAAGAUGGUAUAUUUAUCCUGACUAGUUUGUAAAAAUUAUGUUCUGUUUUA